CCCAUUCCGCCCUGGGCGUGGCGGCCAUUUUGUUUUCCACACCGAGCGGGAGUUGACGGCAGCGGCUGUAGUGAAAGGAAAGAAAGAGCAGGCCGGGUGAGCAGGCGGACCGGCCGACCGGACAACCAGCCAGCAGCAACGAACUAACUUAACAAUCUACCGCUUAACACAUCUAACCAACCGCCCACCAAGUUAACCCGAGCCCCUCCACCGUCAACUCAGGUUCGGCCGGCCCCCGGCCCGCCUGCCGCAGCCGUGGUGGCAGCCCCGGGAGGAGCACUGGCGUCCGUUUCCUUCGAUUCUCGGGAUUUGAAGAUGGCUGCACAGUCCGCGCCGAAAGUUGUGCUAAAAAGCACCACCAAGAUGUCUCUAAAUGAGCGCUUUACUAAUAUGCUGAAGAACAAACAGCCGAUGCCAGUGAAUAUUCGGGCUUCGAUGCAGCAACAGCAGCAGCUAGCCAGUGCCAGAAACAGAAGACUGGCCCAGCAGAUGGAGAAUAGACCCUCUGUCCAGGCAGCAUUAAAACUUAAGCAGAAGAGCUUAAAGCAGCGCCUGGGUAAGAGUAACAUCCAGGCACGGUUAGGCCGACCCAUAGGGGCCUUGGCCAGGGGAGCAAUCGGAGGAAGAGGCCUGCCCAUUAUCCAGAGAGGCUUGCCCAGAGGAGGACUUCGUGGGGGACGUGCCACAAGAACCCUGCUUAGGGGCGGGAUGUCGCUCCGAGGUCAAAACCUGCUCCGAGGUGGACGAGCCGUAGCUCCCCGAAUGGGCUUAAGAAGAGGUGGUGUUCGAGGUCGUGGAGGUCCUGGGAGAGGGGGCCUAGGGCGUGGAGCUAUGGGUCGUGGCGGAAUCGGUGGUAGAGGUCGGGGUAUGAUAGGUCGGGGAAGAGGGGGCUUUGGAGGCAGAGGCCGAGGCCGUGGACGAGGGAGAGGUGCCCUUGCUCGCCCUGUACUGACCAAGGAGCAGCUGGACAACCAGUUGGAUGCGUACAUGUCGAAAACAAAAGGACACCUGGAUGCUGAGUUGGAUGCUUACAUGGCUCAGACAGAUCCCGAAACCAAUGAUUGAAGCCUGCCCACCCUCCUGGAAGACUCUUGUUCAAGCCACACAUCUGUAAAUAACCUUAAGAUAACAGAUGAGAAGAAAGCUGACUGAUACUGAAAGGACCUAUCCUAAUAGGCUCUGGACUGACUUGCCACCAGUUUGUGCAUUUAGUUGUGUUCCUUUUACUUUUUGAUACUAUGUUGUAUGAAACCCUUUUUUUCCCCUCUGACUGGGGUUUGCUUUGGUUUGUUAUUUGGUGGGGGGAGGGGUUUCCUUCACCCAGACUUUUCUUUGAACAUGAAUGUGUUGGCCUUGUGGCUAGUAUACCCUCUUCCCCCAUCUGCCUCCCCUCAUCUGUCAUAUGCUUUGACAGUCUAACAUUUCCUCUGUUCAUUUUGGUGCCCCCGUGAAAAAGUCCCAGAAAGAGCCCACCAGUGUUCCACCUUAAUGUCUUAAGUUUCUGAGAUAGAAUUCUGUUUAACAUUUUUAAUAGCCUCUUUAAAGUGUUCAGAAAAUCUGGAGCUCAUAAAUGCAUUCUGCCACAUUGAUGUUUUAGUAAAUUGGGAACACUGACAUAGCUACAGGGCUACCAAACACGUUACACGUGCUAGCAGCUCUGAUUUAAUUAAAGUUAUUACCGUGUACACUUAUACCACUUAACCAUCGUGCUGGUUUGGAUAUGUGCGCUUUCUACCUGGGAAUGAGAUUUAUAAACUUUCCCUCUUGGUUUUGCAUCAUGCUCUAAGGGAUGUUUUGGGGUUGGCUUAACAUCCUACAAAAGAGGAGAAAGCCUUUUGGUUUGCCACAUGCCUCAGAAUGGAAAGGGCUGAAAAUUGAUGACAGAUACCUGGUGGGAGGGGUCAGAAGAUAACCUUGCAAAAGUGCUGUUAUCCUUCUGUUUACCCCAGACCAGUCUUGGGCUUCUCCAUUUGUUGACCCUCUUCUUACUCCCCAUGAAGGUUAAAGUUCAGCCAUAGUCUCAACUGUUCAGUUUCAGUAGAAUCUUUGGUUUCGGGUUCAUUACAACAAGAAAUUGUUCUCUCAAAUCCA